UUUGCGGACGUUGGUGGUCGCGUACAAGAAAAUGAACCAGAAAGAAUACACGAGGCUGAUUGGCAAAGUACAAAGGGCCAGACAAGUGAUCGGUAUAGAGCGAGCGAUGCGCACAGAGAAAGCCUACAAUCAAAUGGAGGGCGGUCUCACUUUGCUAGGUGUGACCGCUGUGGAGGAUCGUCUUCAAGACGAGGUGCCGGAGACGCUCGAGUGUUUGCGGGUCGCGGGCAUCAAAAUAUGGGUGCUGACUGGAGACAAAGCGGAAACCGCGGAAAACAUAGCCUUCCUGUGCGGCCAAUUUAAAGAGGGUACGGAGAUAUUGAGAAUGGUGGACUUGGAAACGCCGCAAAUAUGCAUCGACCGUAUUGCGUACUUCGAGUGA